AUGCGUAGCGGCUGGGGUCCCGCUCCUUACCCCGUCUGUGUCAGACACGAGAUUAUCGGCACGGUAGAACGUGUCGGAUCUCAGGUUGAAGGCGGCCUUCGUGUGGGCGACCGGGUUGGAGUCGGUCCCCAGAGCGACUCGUGCCUCGGACGAUUUGGGGACUGCGAUCGGUGUGUAACGGGCCGCGAGAACUACUGCCAAAAGAUGGUCUCUCCGUAUGCGGCAAAGCACUUCAAUGGCGGAAACGCUAUGGGUGGCUACGCCUUGUACCACAGGUGCCCCUCGCACUUCGUGUUCAAGAUCCCCGACGGCCUCUCGUCCGCCGUGGCUGCUCCCCAGCUCUGUGCAGGAGUUACCGUCUAUUCGCCUCUGAAGAAGAAUGGCUGUGGUCCCGGUAAGACUAUUGGUAUUGCGGGCGUGGGCGGCCUCGGUGACAUUGCCAUACUGUUUGCCAAGGCGCUUGGGGCAGAUAAGGUUGUCGCCAUCUCGCGCGGGCGCAACAAGCCCGAAGAUGCACUUGCGCUCGGAGCCGAUGAAUUCGUCGCGACGGAGGAUUCCAACUGGCAGCAGCAAUACUACCAGUCAUUGGAUCUCAUUGUAUCGACAGUGUCGUCUGCCAAGGUCCCGAUAGGUGAUUACUUCUCCUUGCUGAAGAUUGAGGGCAGCCUGGUCCAGGCGGGAUCUCCCGACGACGGUGACUUUGUCGUACCUGGUUAUCCACUAAUUUUCAGUGGAGUGAAGCUUGGAGGGUCAUGCAUCGGGUCUCCCGCGGAAAUCCGCGAAAUGUUGCUUUUGGCGGAAAAGAGUCAGCUCAAGCCCUGGAUUGAGGAACGGCCAAUGAGUCAGGUGAAUCAGACAAUCGUUCACAUGAUAUCUGGAAAGGCCAAAUAUCGCUACGUCAUGGUAAACGAUGAGUAA